AUGGUGCCUCAGUCCUCCCGCCACCUUUCGGAUUACAGGCCUCAGACGGUGCUUGGAUACGGAAAGUUUUCCACGGUAAUCAGGGCGGAAAGGUCGCCAAGUCCAAUUGACAGUGACUCCGGCAGCAGCAACAGCGGCGGCAGCAGCAGCGUCGCCAUCAAGAUCAUCACCAAGUCCCGCAAGAUCAACAGAAUCAACAAGAUCCUCCCCAUUUCCUCCUCCGCCACCAACUACGACACAGAAAUCGACAUCAUCCGCCGCCUGUCGCCCUAUGACCACCGCAACAUUCUCGCCUACUACGCUCUCUUCAGCACCGACGCCACGGUCUACAUCGUCCAGGAACUCGCCCCUGGCGGUGAGCUAAACCCGGCCAACUUCAAACACUCCCCAUCGCGGACCAACCAAGACGGACCUGCCUCCACCUCUAUCGAGGUCGCUAUGACGGCAAAGCUCCUCGACAUGCUCUCUGCCAUCGACUUCCUCCACUCACUUAACAUCAUCCACAGAGACAUCAAGCCCUCAAACUUCCUCGUCUUUACAAACGGCACCGUCAAGCUCGCAGACUUCGACACCUGCUACACCUUGACCGACGACCUCAACGAAAACAAGGUCCAGCUCUACUCUCGCCUCAUCGGCACACCGCUCUUUCUGCCCCCAGAACUCCUCACGCAGUCCACAACAAAGGUGCUAGAGGCACAGCCGCCACAGCAGCCCGAGGCAGCCAGGAAGUCCAAGUUCGGAGUGAAGCACAACUUUGCCAAAAAGACUGAACCAUUUCUAAAGCUUUUCGGUAGGUCUGCUUCUGCCUCUUCCUCUUCCUCAUCCUCAUCCCCUUACACCACCGUCCCAUCUUUCCCAUUAGCACAAAACAGCACAGCUUCCCCCGCCAGCUACAAUCCGUUCAUGUUUGACCUCUGGUCUCUCGGCGUCACCCUACAUUACCUUUUCUACUCUGCCUAUCCUUUCUACGCUGACAACGAGUUCACGCUACUCCACAAGAUUGCAACGGCGGCUCCAGAUACUCCACCACUAUCAGAACUUUCUUUCACUGUCAAUCCAUCCUUCCCCCUUAUCAACAUAAUUGACAUGCUGCUCAUCAAACAACCCAUUAAAAGGUGGUCAAUACCAACCGUACUCCAGGAGCUCGAUAAGUGGGACGGUACAUCUCACAGACUGGCAAAGCCAGCAAGAAACUGGAAUGCUGCACCUAUCUCUAUACAGCGAACGAAAUCCAAAGAUCUCUGCAUAUCGGAUCUCUCAGAACCUCCAAUGGACGAAAACCAAUUUAAUGCGUUACCCAACACAGACUCGGUGAAGCCCGCUACUCAGCAGUUUAAGUUCCAGCUACCCAUAUUUAUGUCCCCAAAGGAUGUGAGAUCCUCUCAUUGGGCGGAACACGACAAGCUGAUCAACUUGAAAGGUGCAGCGCAAAAUAGAAGUAGACCAGGAAAUGAAGAAGGAGGAGGCAAUAACAGCUCUUCUUCCUUGCCACUACAUCCAUCCCAGACCACGAAGCUUCACAUGCAUUCUACAAAGCCCAAAACAGGAACAUCCAAUCAUCCUUUGAAGCCAAGAAUGGAUUCAAAUUCUUUACUCCGGAGGGAGUUUUCGCCAAAUGAAAAACUAAACAAAAACCCUGUCCCUUCAUCAGAUGAUUGGAAAACAGCUAACGAUUAUGCCAUUAUCAUGAAGAAGCUCGAAGGUAUGGGUACUGAGCAAGCGGACUCACAUCUAGAUUUCCUUCGUCCAGGAUCGAUAUCUGCGCUGGAUGCAGAUACCGAUAAAAGAUCAUCUGUCCACACGCUACCGGCAAAUUUCAAUUUGAAAUCUGUCAAAGGUUCCGGUCGUGGCUUGAAGCACAGUGAAAUGAUGAAUUUCAAAAAAUUCAUGAAAGUUGACUCUAACGAAGGCAACGCAGAGAAUGCAGGUAACGGUUCUCAAAAUAAUAACCUCAACUACAAGCCUUCCUAUGCCACACUGGACAACCAGAUGGCGAACGAUUACAAGGUUUACACCAUGGAUGACUACUUGGAUAAGCUGUGA